GCUGAUGAUUAACUGAGAGUCUGCUGUUCUGGGCCCGAGGCGGGAGGCCACCUCUGUGUGCACAGCUUGGCCUGUGACGUGAGCCACUUCCUGGUAACAGCUGAGUACCGUCCAGAUUCUCCAGUGGCCGACAGAUUUGUUCCUGCGUCUGUGUGGGGAGAGGUCGGAGGCAGGAAAGAGGGGACCAAGAACCUUCGCUGAAGGCCCGAGGGGCAGAUACACCUGCCACAGGUGAGGAGGAGCAUGUGAGAUGGAGGGAGCUGCCGAGAGAGGCGUCCUGGCCGUGCUGGUGGUCCUGGCUGGGCUGGCAGCCUGUGGAUCCGGCAGUGAAAUCAUAGAGGGUCCCAAGAAUGUCACGGCCCUGAAGGGCUCAGAGGCUCGCUUCAACUGCACCAUCUCCCAGGGCUGGAAGCUCAUCAUGUGGGCUCUGAGAGGCACGGUGGUGCUGAGCAUGACACCUAGUGAGCCCAUCAUCACCAAUGACCGCUUCACCUCGGCGAGCUACCAGGAGGGCGGGAACUUCAUCUCUGAGAUGAUAAUUCAUGACGUGCAACUCAGUGAUGCCGGGCAGGUCAAAUGCAGCCUCCAGAACAGCAACCGGGAUGGAUCCGCCUUCCUUUCCGUUCAAGUCAUGGGGCAGUUGCUCAUUCCUGGAGGCAGCCUUGUAGUCAUUGAGGAUAAGCCUUGUAAUGUGACUUGCCGUGCACUGAACUGGACCACGCUCCCAGAUCUUUCCUGGGAGAUAGGGGUUCCCGUGAGCCAUUCGAGCUAUUAUUCCGUCCCGGAGCCUGAGGACCUUCAAAGUGCAGUGAGCAUCCUUGCCCUGACACCGCAGGGCAAUGGCACUGUGACUUGUGUGGCUGAGAUGAAGGGGCUGGAUGUCCGUGAGUCUGUAACUAUCAAUCUUACUGUGGUUCCGCCUCCCUUGGACAGUAUUGAUAAACCAGGUGCCUCAUUGCCUACCUGGGCCAUAGUUCUACUUGCUGUGUCAUUGUCAUUGCUUUUGAUCCUGAUCAUUGUUCUGAUUAUAAUGUUCUGCUGCUGUGUCUCCAGGACAGAGAAAGAAGAAUCUAGUUAUCAAAGUGAAAUAAGGAAAUCUGCGACUGUGAAGACAAGCAAAGACACUGUUGGGACAAAGUUGAAAAGUGCAAAUGAAAACUAUGGCUACCGUUCAGAUGAGCCAAGGACCACACAGCCGGCUUCCCUCCAUGCCAAGUCCUCUGAAGCUGGUGUUCCAGAGCAAUGCAGCAGUAGGCAACCUCAUCAGGAGUCUGAUCACCGCCAGCUGGGCCCAGCAAAUCACCCACAGGUUUCCUUUAACGUGGCCAGUCCUAAGAAGGUCAGGAAUGUGACUUUGGUAUAGUACAGACAUCCCUUUGGCUUCACAUGGCUGCUGACUGAGGACCUACAUCGCAUUGCUCAUGACGUCAUCAUUGCUUACUGUGAUGUAAUCACUGCUGUCAUUCUAAUGCUGGGCUCCCACUCUGCAGCACGACCUGGAAGAAGCAAUGUUGUCAUCAUCAGAAUGGAUAUUUUGAGAGAAGGAAUCCAUUUUCCCAGCUUCUAAAGUGGAAUUUGACUUUUAUAAUAUUUCAAGAUUUCAGCGAAUUCCAUAGUUACUAAGUAAAAGCUGCACAUUCAUUAUGAUAAUGCUUCUCAUCACUCAACACUCCUGCUUGCUAACCCAGCAAAUGGCAGAUAUGUCUACAUCCCAUUGUGAUGUUUAAGAGGUCUUUAUUAUCUACAGUCUCUUGAAGAUAAUAUUUAUAUAUGUUUACUAUGUGGGUAUUAUUGCAUAUUAUCUGUGGAAAAAAAAGAGGAUUAAACAUUAGGAUCCAUCAGAUGACUGAAAUUGCCCAGAAAAAUCAUAAGUUGUACGUUAUAAAUAAUAUUACAUUCUAAAGCAGAAGUGCACCUUGAGAAUUAUCUUAUUAUUGGGUAUUGAUAUGAAUACAUUCAUUUUUAUUUGCUCCCUUAUCAAUCUUGUUCUCAUGUCCUCAGAUGAGUUAGAUGUGGAUUUUGCUGUUUGGGGCAUGUAUCUGCAGCCAUGAAAAAACUCGAUAUGGGCAACACGUUCUUUCACAAAUAAAAGGGAAGACACCAAAAAACCUUUUAUUGUUCUUCUUAACUCUUUACUAUUUAAAUGGUUUAAACAAUCAUAGCGUUUAAGAAUCAAGCAUUUUCCAAGAAACAAGAGACCUCUAUUAAAAAUUCUUUUUUCAUUUUUCAUGUAGAGAUUCUCAGUGUAUUUUGCUGACAACCCGUCUCUUCAUAUUUAACACAGAGGUUGGACUAUGAUUUGACUGAGCUCUGCACUGGUUGGUGCAGAUUACCGUGAUGGCUAGCAAUUAGUAACUGCCCUGAGCCCCCCACGGGGUUGCAAAGAGUCGGACACACUGAGCGACUUCACUUUCUUUCUUUCUUUCUGCGCCCUCCAGGCCCAACCAUGCUAUUGUCAAGAUAGAAUUUGACUUUUCAGAAGUGUUAGGAUUUUAGUAAAUUCCUUAGAGUUACCUGGUAAAAGACACAAAUUCAUUGUGAUGAUGAUGUUUCUUAUGAUACACUCCUGUGUGCUAAUCCAUUCACAAAGAUGUCUGUACAGGCAGACCUCAGAAAUGUUGUCGUUUUGGUUCUAGACCACAGCAGUAGAGCAAGUCACCCAAUUUUUUUUUUUUUGGAUUCCCAGAGCAUGUGAAAGCUAUAUUUACAUAUAUUGUAGUCUAUUAAUGCGCCUUUGUGUUAUAUCUAAAAGAACAAUGCACACAUCUUAAUUAAAAAAUAUUUUCUGGCUAAAAAAUGCUUGCCAUCAUCUGAGUGGUAAGUGAGUUGCAAACUUUCUGCAAGCGUCACAUCAUAAAUCACUGAUCACAGGUUAUCGAUUGAAAAAAACAGCCCAACCUAAAAACUGAGAAUUUUUUUAUUUGGCAAAUUUUCUAAAGACAUCAAGCCUGGAAGGCAGCCUCCUAGUGAGCUCCAGGGGACUACUCCCAAGAGGUAAGGGAGGAGACAGGAUAUGUAGGAGUUUUUGCAACAACGACCAGAUAGUCAUCAAAAGAUUGACUGUUAAUUAAAGAAAACCAGACAACUCAAGUUAAGCAAUUCAGUGUUGAAAUCAUUCCUUUUCUGUGCAUCUCAGCUGUCUGGAGCCAGGAUCUUGUCCUUUCCUGUCCUGAGUCCUCUCAGGGCUCACCUUCAGGGCAGACUGCAGUGGCUGAUGGCUUGAUGGCCACAGCAUCCUUUGUUUGCUGAUAUGGCAGGCAACAUUUUACAUCCACAACCACAGCAAGUAUAAUAAUAAUGAAAGUUUGAAAUACUGUGAGAAUUACCAGACUGUGACACAGAGACAGGAAGUGAGCAAAGGCUGCUGGAAAAAUGGCACUGAUAGACUUCUGCUGGGUGUCACAAACCUUCAGUUUGUAAAUGCAAUAUCUAUGAAGCACGAUAAAGCAAAGCAUAAUAAAAUGAUGUGUAUCUAUAUACUA